GCCUUGAACAGGAAACGUGUAGAGAGUAGCAGCUUGUACACUCCGAGGCUUUGCCGUCAACGAGGAUGUGGCAUUAUUGGUGGGAUUACCGGCUAACGUGGGCUCUGUGACCGCCUUGUACGUCUGUGUGUCCCGCACCCCCAGCGCGAGUGGAGUGGCCGUGUGGCUGUAGGGAGCCGUGGCUGCGGAGUUCAGGUUUGCAGAGGGCAGCGUUGGAACGUACGUCGAAUGAUCUUGGCCAGCCAGGAGUUUGUGUGGAGUUGGUUCUGGACAGGGCAGAGCAGUGCGUGUUCCUUCACCAUGGCCAGCGGCCUCUUGCCCGUGCGGCCCCGUGCGAUAGCGGCGGCCGGUUACUGAGGGAGGAAGGCCGUGACCGGGCCGUGGGGGGCAGCGUGGACGAGCGGUGGCCGCAAGGGAUGGGAUUACUCUGCCAUGGUCACGUAGAUUAAAUGGCAGCUCGUGAGGAGUGGCUUCCCGGUUGUCUCCUCCGCAGGUUGUCCCCUCCACCGUGCCGACCCCUCGCGCCCACCCUCGCCCGCGGUCACCCGCGCUCACCAUGGUCAAGUUCUGGAAGUUUGUGCGGAGUUUCAGGCAGUUGGAGCUGCACCGACUGAUCCUGAUGUUGAUGGUGUUCAGCCUGGUGUCCAUGUGUCUUCUUGCUUACUACGUAACCAAUAGCCCCAAAAUCAAGGAAGCCUUGCCCUUGCCCAUCAGUGAUUGCAACAACCAGCACCGAGUCUCCCAGCCCCCUCGACGCCACACUCCCCUCCUAGACUCUUCCCGCACCGACCCCAUGGUCCUCAUCUUUGCAGAGAGCAUUUACUCUCAGCUGAUCCAGGAGAUCGUCACUAUUUUAGAAUCGAGCCGCUUUAAGUACAGGACAGAGAUCGCUCCGGGGAAGGGCGAUGUGCCGACGCUGACAGAGAAGGGCCGGGGCCGAUUCGCUCUCAUUGUGUACGAGAACAUUCUGAAGUACGUCAACCUAGAUGCCUGGAACCGGGAGUUGCUGGAUAAGUACUGUGUGGAGUACGGCGUUGGGAUCAUUGGGUUCUUCAAAGCCAACGAGAACAGCUUGCUGAGCGCUCAGCUCAAGGGCUUCCCCCUGUACCUGCACUCUAACCUGGGCCUGAAGGAUUACCACAUCAACCCCAACGCCCCACUGCUCUAUGUGACCCGGGCCAACCAAGUGGAACAGGGACCUCUGCCGGGAGAUGACUGGACCGUCUUUCAGUCCAACCACAGCACGUAUGAGCCGGUGCUCCUGGCCAGCACCAAGUCGGCAGAGUACAUCCCCCACCUCAGCACGCACAAGGCUCUGCACGCCACUGUCAUCCAGGACCUGGGCCUUCACGACGGUAUCCAGAGGGUCUUCUUCGGCAACACCUUGAACUUCUGGCUUCACAAGCUGAUCUUCGUCGAUGCCAUCGCCUACCUGACGGGCAAGCGCUUGUGUCUGUCCCUCGACCGAUAUCUCCUCGUCGACAUCGAUGACAUCUUCGUGGGCAAGGCAGGAACCAGGAUGAAAGUCUUGUAUGUCAAGGCCUUGUUGUUGUCCCAAAACAAGCUGAGAACUCUGGUCCCCAACUUCACCUUCAACCUGGGCUUCUCCGGCAAGUUCUACCACACAGGGGCGAGCCAGGAGGACGCUGGUGAUGACAUGCUGCUGAAGCACAGGAAUGAGUUGUGGUGGUUCCCCCACAUGUGGAGCCACAUGCAGCCUCACCUCUUCCACAACGAGUCCGUGCUUGCUGACCAGAUGAAGCUCAACAACCAGUUUGCGCUGGACCACGGCAUCCCGACCAACAUGGGCUACGCUGUUGCCCCCCAUCAUUCCGGGGUGUACCCCGUCCACACGCAGCUCUACAAGGCCUGGAAAUCGAUCUGGGGGAUCAAGGUCACCAGUACAGAGGAGUACCCACACUUGAAGCCGGCUCGAUAUCGCAGGGGAUUCAUCCACAAUGGCAUCAGGGUUUUACCGCGCCAGACCUGUGGACUGUUUACACACACCAUCUUUUAUAACGAAUAUCCCGGAGGAUCCAAGGAACUGGAUAAAAGUAUUCAGGGCGGAGAACUCUUCCUGACUGUACUGCUCAACCCAAUCAGCAUCUUCAUGACUCACCUGUCGAACUACGGCAAUGACCGCCUGGGCCUGUACACGUUCGAGAGCCUGGUGAAGUUCGUGCAGUGCUGGACCAACCUGAAGCUGCAGACACUGCCCCCGGUGGAACUGGCGGCCAAGUACUUCGAGCUCUUCCCAGAGGAAAAGGACCCUCUGUGGCAGAAUCCGUGCGAUGACAGACGACACAAGGACAUUUGGUCGAAAGAAAAGACUUGUGACAGGCUGCCAAAGUUCCUUAUCAUCGGCCCUCAAAAAACUGGUACCACAGCGUUGCACUUUUUCCUAUCCUUACACCCUGGAAUCAUGAGUAAUUUCCCCAGCCCUGUCACCUACGAGGAGAUUCAGUUCUUCAAUGGCGCUAACUACCACAAAGGAAUAGACUGGUACAUGGAGUUCUUCCCCAUCCCGUCAAACGUGAGCACAGACUUGACGUUUGAGAAGAGCGCCAACUACUUCGAGUCGGAGGUUGUGCCCAAGAGGGCUGCGGCCCUACUUCCCCGAGCAAAGAUCAUCGCCAUCCUGAUCAACCCGGCAGAGAGGGCAUACUCCUGGUACCAGCACCAGCGAGCCCACCAGCUGCCCGCGGCUUUGAACUUCACCUUCCACCAAGUGAUCAGUGCCAGCCCCGAUGCCCCCAGGGAGGUCCGCCUUCUGCAGAGUCGCUGCCUGCUUCCAGGCUGGUAUGCCACACACAUUGAAAGGUGGCUGGCCCACUAUCAGCCUUCCCAGGUAGGGGUUUGUGUCUGCGUUAACGGUCUCUGCAGUCAUACCUCAGGCCGCAGAUUCAGGCACAGUUUCCUCUCCGCAAUCAGUUAUCAGGCAACUGAUUCAUAA